CUAGCAACCCUAAUUAAAACGUCAAAUUAUUUCAAAUAAAAAAAAAUAUUAGUGAUGAAAAAUGGCUUCUAUGCGGAGCCCGUCUUCGCCGUCCGACGGCUAUAAAAGGUUCAGUGACGAUUUCGCAAACACCAGCAUCAACAAUUACGGCUCGAACGUCACAAACACACGGACCGGCGAUGGCGGCGGCGGCGGCGACGGCACACUGGAUAUGGGCAGUCGCUCUUCUCUACACACCGGGCUUCAUAUGUCCGAGGACGAGCAUUGGGAGAUGAAUUAUCAUGAGGCCGCCAUCUAUUUGGAGGAAGGCCUUAACAAUGAGAAGUUCGACUCCCACCCGUCCAGCCCUGAGGAGCUACCUGCUUACCUUCGAGUCCACAACCCUUGGUACCACGGACUUGACUUGCUGGCUUCCCUGGUUCUAAUACUGCUUGCGUUCACGGAGGAUCCUGCGGUACCAGCUUUCGAGUUGCCAGUAUGGGCCCACGGCACGAUAGAACUGUUGGCGCUGAUGGUGAUCGGCGUGGAACUUCAUCUGAAGCUGAAAUGGAUAGGGUGGAGCACUAUCCUCAAACACAAGAGGACCAUGAUCAAGGGCGUAACCCUACUAAUAAUGGUCCUGGAAGCAGUAGUAGUGCUGUGCAGACAGUCAUCUCACUUCCGAGUGACCAGAGCGCUGCGGCCGAUCUUCUUGGUUGACACUCGGCACUGUGGCGGCGUCAGGCGGUUUAUAAGACAGAUACUGCAGAGUUUGCCGCCUAUUUUAGACAUGUUAGGGCUCCUAAUGUUUUUCGUGGCCACGUACUCUCUGCUGGGUUACUACCUGUUCUCGGAACACCUCGACAAUGGUCACUUUUCUACCAUCAGUGAUUCAUUCGUCAGCAUGUUCGUGCUGCUCACCACCGCCAACUUCCCGGACGUGAUGAUGCCGUCAUACGCCAAGUCCAAGUGGUACGCCGUGUUUUUCAUCCUGUAUAUCAUCACUGUGCUCUACGUGCUUAUGAAUUUGAUGCUAGCCGUAGUGUACGAGACGUUCACCCGCAUAGAGCGCGAGAAGUGUCGCGCGCUGCUACUGCACCGGCGCCGCGCCGCGCGCCACGCGUUCCGGCUGCUGGUGUCGCGCCGCGCGCCCGACGCGGUGCGGCUGCGGCACUUCGCGGGGCUCAUGCGGCACUACGCACCGCACUACAGCGGGCUGGACGUGUACCUAAUGUUUAAGCAGCUAAAUCAGUCCGGGACCGGAGGUCUCUCCCGUUCUGAGUUCGCAAAUCUAUAUGAGGUGUUCGCGCUGCGCUGGGCGCCGCAGACGGCGCGCGCGCCGUGGUACGCGGAGUCGUGGCUGGAGCCCGGCGCGCGCGCCGCCAGCCAGCUCGUCCACAAACCCUACUUCGAGUAUGUCAUCUACGCUCUAAUAGUAGGCAACGGUUUGGCUAUGGUGCUACGGGUACUAGAAGCCGGGGCGGGCACGGACCCAAACCUGCCGGGGCUGCAACACAGCGCGCGGCUACUCUGUGCCUCCUGGGACACCUGGCUAUUCCUUUCGCUAUUCUUGAUAGAAGCAGCCCUCCGCAUGAUGGCGUCCGGUGUCGCGGCGUACCUCGAGAGCGGAUGGAACGUGUUCGACCUCAGCGUGACCCUACUAGCUCUUAUGGGGGCCGUCAUGCUCACUAUAGCGCCCAAAUUGUAUAUCGUCGUCAUCUUCCGACCUUUGAGGCUAAUGCGUCUCUACAAGCUGAAGAAGCGUUACCGCGACGUGUUCGGCACACUCGUACUACUGUCCCCUCUCAUGUCGUCAGCUGGCUGUGUGAUGCUCGUCAUGUACUACUUCUUCGCUAUAGUGGGCAUGGAACUGUUCGCAGGAUUGGAUCUUAGGAACUGCUGCGUAAACACAACAGUAGAGGACUUCUACAAAUACUCUGAGAACAGUUCAACAGCUCUCGGCUACUACUAUCUGAACAACUUCGAGAACCUCGUCACGAGCGGCGUGUCUCUCUUCGAGCUGACAGUUGUCAACAACUGGUUCAUACUUAUGAACGCGUACGCGACCGUUGCGGGGCAGUUUAGCAGGAUUUACUUUAUGGUGUUCUACCUGUUCACGAUGGUGGUGCUGACCAUCGUGGUGGCCAGCGUGCUGGAAGCCUUCCGGUUCCGCAUACAGUACAAGCGCUCCACUACCAAGAGGGACGAGGAAAAGCUACUCCACGAAGAAGUCCACACGAGCUGGGAGGAAGCGACAAGACUCGGCGCCGGCGGAGAGUUAGCGGACGAACUGCGGCCUUUCCUGCCUGCCGGGACGGAGGUGACAUUCAUCGGGUCGCGGCCUCGCACGAAAGAGGUGCUGCAACGGCGCAUGUACCACCAGGACAUACAGAAGUGGCUCGCCGACGAGGAUGACAACGAAGUCCCACCUUCAACAACUCUAACCUCAAACGACCCCCUGGCCCCGCCGCUCAUCCAGCAACCGGAAGCGGAAACCAACCACCAGCUCCGACCAGGCUACCAGUUGUAGAACCUACUCAUCUACGUCCUGUACUAUAGGCUAGAGGCGCUGUGGGGUGUGGUGCGCGCCUUAUGAUCCGGCGUGGCGCGCUGGCUGAAUGCUACGUUCCGGUGCCAUUUGUAAAAAAAAACAAGGUUUGUCUAUGAUUUUAAGGGCAGCCGCAGAUAUUUUUAGAUUACCGAUAUAUGGUAACGGAAAUCUGUUAGAUAUACUCUGGCACAGCGAACUCGUAGGUAAAAAAGGCGACACGUUUAAAAAAUGUAUGCGUGAUAAGUUAACUUCCCACAGAAAAUAGACGUAUUGUCCUAUACCUAGUGUGUUAUCACCAGACAUCGUAACUAUUACACUUUUUUUGGUGCAGCGGAGUGGUGUUAACGGAAUUGGUAUAGAUAAUUCCAACUGAAAUGAUAAAUUAAGGUUAAUAUUAACGUAAUUAGCGCUAAUUAAUCAUUAGGGUUGAAUUGUUUAUACCGAUUCCGUUAACACCACUCCGCUGCACCAAAAAUGCUGUAAAAGUUACGAUGUCCGGUUAUCACUAGCUCAGGUUGAGUUUUAUACAUUGCAAAAAUACUUAAACAUUUGUAUGCUAUCCCUGUCAAAUACUGUUUGAAAAUCGACUUAAAAUGUGUGGACUUGAUAACAAGUGACUUUUGCUGUAAAAUAAUCAAUAUAAUUAAUUUAUUUUAACAUAAAGGAUGAAUGAAUAGAUAAUAAUGAAAUAAUAAUAACAAAAUAUGUGUAACACCUGUGAUAGAAAGGAUUCAAAGCGAGAUUUUUUAUUUUUCGUUGUAUUUUGAAGUUGUUUAUUUUAUUAUAAUUUUAAUUAAAUUAGACUUGAGCCAGUAAGAACAAAAUGAGAUUUUUAUAAUGGAUUGUGUCAAACCGUGGUGUGCUUACAUGUACCAAACGUUUUUAGGGUUCCGUAGUCAACUAGGAACCCUUAUUUAUGCGUCAGAUAAUCCCAUUAUUAAUUUAUAUGUAGUCACCGUCAGAAAAGUAGACAAUUUUGACACCAAACAAAUAUUUUAAAUGUCUAACCUAUAAAAUACGUAACUUUUAGGUUAUAAAUUAAUUUCCUAUGCAGAGUUCUGUAUUUGACACAACCCACACUAUUUGGUUGUUAAUUUACCAAAGCUUGAUUUUAUUAAGUUAUAAGAGUAUUUUGAAAGGCAGCUGAUUCUAAUAAAGAAUUAUUAUAAUUAUAUGAUAGUGAUUAUUAGAGAUUGCCUUCAUAGAGAUAGUAUUAAAAGUGAAUUAAAGUAACAUUGACUGUAGGUAGACUAAUCAUGUUCAUAUUACCUAACGCGCGCUAAAAUUAUUAGCUAUAAUUAUAUUAUUAAUUUCUUAUGAAUUUACAAUAAAAAAUACGUUUUUUAAAUAGAUGUUUACUAAAUGCAUAGAAUGAAUGUAGUAACAGUUUUGGCAGCAAAAAGAAUUCGUACCAUUCUCAUUUGGUUUGUCUAUGGCAGAAUAUAAACUGCAUUUUUUUUUUAAUUAUUUCAUUAAUUUUAAGAUAUCUUCACGAUGACAUUAUUAUUGUAAAUAUCAGCCUUAUCCAAUGACCAUCCUAAAUGAGAAUAAUUUAAUUUUAAUUUGAUAGAUGGUAGUGCAUAGUCAUUCUUGUGAUAAGUGUGGACCAUAUAGAGUGUUAUAAAUAUUUUAUUAUCAUUUAAGUUUUAUUUGUUUGACCGAACGAUAUUUUUAAUAUUAUUUAUUGUGCUAAAACAUAGUUAUCUUCAGUAUUAUGUAAAUAAAUAGAUAUGUCUGAAUCAAGUAACUUUGUUUAACCAUAUUAUUUGUAUUAAAUAUUUCCUAUUAUUUUCUUAACACGUUCCCUGUCUGGGUGCACCCAAUGUGGGGUCAUGAAGCUUUAUUUCAGGAGUCCGUGCUUCCGUGCUUCCACUAUGGGUUCGAAACUUUAAAAUAAAAGUACACUUGGACGUGUGACUUUGCCAUAUGAUAUUUUAUGGGGACAAUGAACGUGUUAAAUCAAUGUUAUGCAAUAGCCAAGGGCGUGUCACCGCGGAUUAUUAGGAAUUCCAGUCAUUUCUAAAUUAAGUCAGCAGGGUAAUGUAGCGAACUCGUGAAUGUAUAGCUAUGUUCACAUAUAAUUUUAUGAUAAAUUCGUCAAAAACACGUCAUGUACAAACAUGAAACAUCUCGGUAAAAGUAAGUACAAGUAGUAGUCAUUCAGUUAAAAUAAUAGGAACAAAAACCUUCAUUUCUUACUUAUAUAUUACAGAGCAGCAGCUAACGAAUAUCAUUCCUCCAUUUAAUUUACUAAAAGUCAAGGGGAAAGAAGUUCUAAAUAACGUAGGACUUUCAAAUAAGUAUACAGGGUUAUUUUGAAACUAUAUUCAACACUACACUCCGGAAAAUCUUUUUAUUUUCCAGAAAUGUCCAUUUUGUACACUUUAUAAGCUAUCCUGUACCAAAGUCAUUACUUAUACUAACUCACUCAUUACAGUACAGUCAUAACUAGUUUAAUAAUUUAAUAUAAUAUUAUUUGUAAAGUAAUCGUAAGCGGAAAGCCUGACUCUCAAGCCCGUAAGAGAUUCGUUCAUUUACUUUUUAUACCAGUUAGGUGACAAACAAGCAUAAGGCACGCCUGAUACCAUAGCCGAACUACAAGGGUUUACAUUCGCGUUGAUCCAUUAAAAACCUGAGGGCCUACCGCGAACCACGUUCGACUUGUUGCCUCCCUGUCACAUUUACGUACAAAUUUACAGGUGCGACAGAGAGGCAAUACUUCGAACGUGUUUCGCGGUAGACCCUCUGUACACUACUUUUUUAAGAAGUCCAUCCACAGGUACCUAUAUUAUUGCAGUCUAUUUUGUAGUCCCUCGAGAACAGUAUAGUAUAUUUUGUAGUAACUUAGGCUGGGAGCUCAUUCUACAGACAGAGACAGUCGUACAUGCUAGAAAGAGAUGAAUGGUUUACGUCGACUGUAAAAUAUGCCUUGAAGAGUCUGGUAUAAAUAUUAUAGAAACGGUGCUUUCGCUUGAACGAUAACAAUAAUACAAUAUAAUUUAAGUAAAGCGCUAACGGUAGGCGAAUGUGUAGUAAUCAAAAUGAUGAUCAAUUAAGUAUGACCUUGUAAUUUUUGAUCACAGUUGUAGAUGUCACUCUGUAUGUUUUUUUUAUUAGGUAGUGCCACUUUGAAAAAGAAAUAGGUGUCGAAACAGAUUUGCAUAUGAUUGUAAUAAAAUUAGCAUUCUUCAAUUAUUUUCAUAUGUAUAUGUAGUUACAAAAGCAUUAAAUCUCUCCUCUCAUUCCCAAGAAAAGAUUCUUGUGAUAAUUUGUAAAAAAUAUUUCUUAAUCAUUUGUAGAUUAUUUAUUUUUACUACUUACUCUUUUAUAUGUUUUUU